UUCAUUCUCAUCGAAGAGUCAAAGGAGCAGCUUCAACUCAGCUGCAGCCUUUUCAAAAUUUCAACAUUUAGGGUUUCAAAAAAAUUUCUUCUUCUUCAGACUAUCAAAUCAGAAAGAAGUUUUGGUUAGCUGUGUUUCAGAUCGGUUUGUGUAAACUUCUGGUAAAGCGUUAACGGAAGAUAAAUAUAAUUUUGCGGCGAAGUUUUAUUUAUUUAUUUGAUCUGUUUUUUUAAGCUAUUUUUGGCGUUAAACUGCCUCCUGAUUGUAUAUCGAUUGUUUAAGCUCGUUUUUAGAUCUGGGUUUCCGUUGUUUUAGUGUUUGUUCGAUGAAUUUGAAUUGAGUUUUGUGUUUGAAGUAAAGAUUAGGCCUUUUUAAUCGUAGAAGUGCUUGGUUUUUAGAUGUGGGUUUUGGUUGUUUUUAUGAUAUAUUCAGUAGAUUGGAUUUGGUUUUCGUAUUUGAAGUUGAAAUUAGGGUUUUUAAAUCGGAUACGUGCUCUUAAAUUGGAAACGGUUUUGGUGUUUGAGGUCAAAUUAGGAUUUUUUUUUGUUUGGAUAUGUGCUUGAAUUCACUGUUUUGAGCUGAAACUUGUUAAAGAUUUUAGCUUUGUGUAUUGAAUUGGAACUGGGUUUUGUUAAAGACUUUAUUCUUAAUUGGUGGAUUGCUUGAGAUCAACGUUCUGAGCUGAAAUUUGAUUGAGGGUUAUGGUUGUUUAACUAUUAUAUAUUAAAUUGAAACUGGAUAUCUUUGAAUUCGAAGUAGUGGUUUUAAAUAGAAGAAGUGCUUCAGCAAAUGUUUCAAGCUGAAAUCUGUUACGAACUUGUGAGCAUGUUGGAGUUGGGAAGUGAGAAAUGCUAAUAGAUUAUUGAUUAUGUUUCUUCUGAUCCGAUCUUUGCUUAUAGUCACUGGGUUUUAAGUUGAUAAGGUAAUUACACAUGAUAUGAUUGUUAAUGAUUUGUUCUGUUCUGUGAAUGUCGGUUGGUAUGGGUUGUUUCCUGGUGGAUGAAUCUUGUUGGUUUUGAUUAUAUUUACUUUAUCAUCUGCGAAACUGUUGGUCGAUUAGUGAAUUGGUAUAGGAGAUUCGUUUGACAACAGGAACUUGGAAACUUUUGAUAAAUUAAAUUGGUAUACUAAAUGUAUUUGACACGAGUAACGUAACAAGUUUUGAACUUUAUAUCGGUGUAUUGAGGAAGAAGAGUUUAAAUAGACUAAUGUGGUCGGUGAGGAUUCAUAUAGCCGACCCAACUUGUUUGGGAUUGAGGUGUAGUAGUUGAGGAAGAAGAAAUAAACUUCUGGUGUGCAAAUAAAUGAUGUUCUCAAAUGGAUCAGCAUCAAUAUGACAGAUAAAGAUUGCUUUAGACUUUUUUGUUGAGUUUUGAAGCCUCGGUAUGUUGUAGACUUUUGGCUUUUGCUUAUGGUGAGCCACAUGUGAGGGUGGAUGCUCCCUUCUGUUUGGGUUGAUGCUAGUGAAAACAUGGGAUAUUGUUCUCUUCUGUUUCAUCAGAUUACCUCACCCAAAUGCAUUAUGCCGAGGAGUUUGGUGGGAAACCGAACUUCUGUGUUGUUAGUUGCAUGGCUGAGGGGAAUUGAUAUCUACUGAUUGCUCUUGCCAGAUAGAUUGCUGUGAAAGACGUUAUCAUAUAUUUUAUGUGCAUCCUGAACCAUACAAUGUACAAUAUCUGGUCAGGAUAUGUGAGUUGUCACCCUAAUUAAUGGCUAUUCAUUAACUGAGAGUGAAGAUAUAUCUAUUGGGUGUUACAAUGUUGACACAUACUGCAGAUGGGAUUUUCCGACGAGCACAAUUUUAUUUGGAUUAGAUGCAGCAUGGUUUUUCAUGGCUCUGGAUAAAUUCAGGAGGAGAUGAAUUCAUUUGGCUUAAAGAGCCUUUUCACCUUGACAGUACUGGCUUCCCUUAUGUUCUUUGCAUGUUUUGCAAACUUAAUGGCAAUGUGGAACAUUAAUGUUCCUGAGAUAUUCAAGGAGUAUUGAAUACUAAAGCGUUGUGGUCCAGCGGUUUUUUGCUGCAGUCCGCUCUUGUUCAAAUUUAUGGAACUUUUCACAAAUACUUUUUUGGGUAUAUGGUUUAGAGAUGAUAGUAUCAGAUGGAGGAUGCAAGUAGCACACAUAAAGAAUAAAAUGAGAGUAGAUAGCUUGAAAUGGUUGUUCAUGUCCCCACAAAGAUCUCGAAGCAGACCUAUGUGCAUUGGUACAUCGGUGCGGCACUAUGGUGAUUGAUGUACUAAAAGGGGAUUUUAUAUACCUAAAAUCCCAGGAAGGAAUGGUUACACUAACAUCCACUCCAAUAAGGCGCAUUUGGCACAAUACAAGCAAAUGAUGGCAAUACCUAAUAGUUCGAUCUUUUGGUUUGUUCUAUAUUCAUAUAGAAACAAACAUGCCUAAAGAGAGAAGAGAUAGGUCUGUUUCUUUUGAUAGGAGUAGAGCUUCUCCUUACACUUGUAGCUCGAGUCACUCAAAACCGUCAUUCAAAAACCCUUUGGAAAACGACGAAAAUGUGAAAGACUGGGAAGAUGCCCGUUGCCCAGUGUGUAUGGAACAUCCUCAUAAUGCUAUUCUCCUUUUGUGCACUUCUCAUGAGAAGGGCUGCCGUCCUUUUAUGUGUGAUACAAGCUAUAGACAUUCAAAUUGUUUUGACCAGUUCAAAAAGUCAUUUGAAGAAGCUUCAGCAACAGCAACACAGCAAGUGGAGAUCCCAGCUUCAGCUUCUAUCGCGGAAUCUACCACAGUGAUAACAGAAGCUCUGUCUGAUCUGCCAGGUGAAAGAACUGAAGGUGGUUCUAUAUCCCUAGGUGCCUUGUCUUGCGAGAACCAUGAAAAGAAAAAGAUGCAAUGCCCUCUCUGCCGUGGCCAGAUAAAUGAUUGGAUUGUCGUGGACUCUGCCCGUCGGUACAUGAAUGCAAAACUAAGAAGCUGCUCUAGCGAGACAUGCGAAUUCAGUGGCACAUAUACAGAUCUGCGUAAGCACGCUAGGCAGGAGCAUCCCCUUGUACGGCCUACAGAAACUGACCCAGAGAGGCAGCGUAAUUGGAGGAGAUUGGAGCGGCAGAGAGAUUUAGGAGAUUUACUCAGUACAUUGCAGUCUUCUGUUGGAGAAGAGGGAAGUGAGAGCACCAGUUUAACCUUCGAUGAGGGUGGUGGUUUGCUGACUGUUUUUCUUUUUGUUCGGAUUCUCCAACCUAGGAGUAAUUCUGGUAGUAGUAGCUGGUCAGGCUCCUCAAGGACUCGGGCUCAGGCAACUGGUAGGAGACGACCUUCGAGAAGACUUUGGGGUGAGACCUAUGAUGGGGAAACUGAAUCUAGAGAUGACGACAAUGAACAGUCUGAUGGAGGGUCAGGUCCCUGGAGGCGCCUUGGGAGAUUGCGUCGACGACCAACACCAGAAAAUUAGUUUGGCACAAACAUGUGUUUGCUUGCUGUUCCUCUUUGUUGUUACCCACUGUGUAGAAAAUGGAGGAGGAAACCUCGUCUUCCGAACGUUGUCGCGCUGAAGGAGCAGUUGUUUCUUGGAUUAGAAGGAUUCAGGAGAGCAUCGAAAUGGAAGAAUUCUGUUUGGUUAAAUAGUAUACAUUUCUUUGUUGAUGAAUGUCAUCUCAGCUUGUGUGUGCUGCAAAUGCUUUAAAUCUUUAUUUUUAACUGAAUUGAUAAAGUUGGAAAGCAAUUGCUAUUUAUGCUUCUAAAUCUUAUCAAUAAAUCUCAUGCUGCAAUAAUA